AUGAAUCAGCCUGCAAUGGUCUCCGAUAAGGUAACUAAACAAUCUGAGCAGAGCGAGGAGAUAGCUGAGGAGGCAGUGGCAAAACAAAGAUCUUGUGUCCAUUUUGAUAAAUGUGUUGAUUUGGAUAAGCUGUUGAAAGUUAUCAAAUCUUGUCAAGAAAUAAAGUGUGGAGAAUGCAAGCAAGGAGUGCGCGUGAAGGAAAAGAAAAUACUUUCUUUUUUGGACUCUCCAAAAAAAGCUAUUUGGGUUUGCUUGGAAUGUGGCUAUUAUAGCUGUGGAGAUGCUGGUUUGCCAACUGGAGGUAAUAGUCACGUUGUGAAGCACAUGAGGAUGACGCGUCACCGUUUGGUGAUGCAAUGUGAAAGACCUAAGUUGAGAUGGUGUUUCUCAUGCCAAUCACUUGUCCCUUUUGAUAAAGAAGAGAAUGGUGUGAAGAAAGAUUUGUUACUUGAAGUUGUUAAAGCGAUUAAAGAACGAUGUCCAAGAAGUGGUAGUAGUAGAAGCAUCUGCGGGGAGAUCAAAACGUUAGAAGGUUCUUCUGUGUCCAGGGCAAGAGAUGGUUACUAUGAUGUAAGAGGUUUGGUUAAUCUUGGGAACACAUGUUUCUUUAACUCUGUCUUGCAGAACCUUCUCUCUUUGGAUCAGUUACGUGACCACUUGCUGAAAGAUGAUGAUCUGUAUGGUGGUGGGCCUCUAGUUUCUUCCUUGAAGAGAUUAUUUGAGGAGACAGAAUCAGAGGUAGGAUCAAUGUUCAAGAGUGUGAUAAAUCCAAGGGAUUUUUUCGGUUCCGUGUGUUGCAAGGCUCCUCAGUUUAAGGGAUUUCAGCAGCAUGACAGUCACGAGUUGCUAAGGUGUUUGUUGGAUGGUUUGAGCAUGGAAGAAUCGAGCCUGAGGAAGAAGCUUGAUGGUGAUGGUGAUGAUAAUGAUGAUGACACUUCUUCACCACCUACUCUCAUAGAUUCUAUAUUUGGUGGUGAGAUCUCGAGCACUGUUUCUUGCUUGGAAUGUGGUCACUCCUCAAAAGUUUAUGAGCCCUUUUUGGAUCUCUCUUUACCUCUUCCUUCCAAGAAACAAACCCUUUCUCCGGUUAAGGUUCUCAAGAAUCCAGAAACUGAAACAGAAACCAAUAUGGAAGUUGAUAGUUGUUGGUUGGAUUUAUUUGGAACAGCAACCUCAUCAACUAAGACUGAAGGAGGUGAUCAGAGUUUUAAAGGUAGCAGAAGAGAAACGCUGAUGCAUGAUAAUGAUGCAAGGGAAACUGAUGCACGAGCUAUGCAGUCUAAGAAAGACAUAGCUGUGAGUUGGAUUGAUGAGGCUCGAUUUUUAGGUUAUCCUGAUAAGUGGUAUGAUGAGGCUCGAGUUUUAGGUUUUCCUGAUCCGUGGUAUGAUGAUGAUGAAGAGCUUCCCUUGUUGGUUGCAGAUUCUCAAGCUCUGUGUAUGCCUUGCAAAGAUAACAUAUCCAAUGAUGAUAAAGCAGUUGCAGAAAGUAAGGGUGAGGCUUUGUCGUCAUCCGUGAGCGGUGGCAAUGAACAAAACGUAGUAGAUUAUGUUGACUUUAGCGACUUCUUUGACGAGCCUGAAGUAUCUGAAGAACCAUCUAAAGCAGGAUGUGAAGCUCCCUCGUCAUUCUUGAGCGGCAAGCAUGAACAAAACAUAGAUGAUGAAGCCAUUGGCAGUCUUUUUGACGACGACGAAGAUUAUUCGGAUCAUGAAGUUGUUGUACUUGAUGAUUCGGAUUCACCAGUGUCUGUGGAUAGGUGUUUGGCCCAGUUCACAAAGACAGAGGUUUUGUCGGAAGACAAUGCUUGGCAUUGUGAGAAUUGUUGCAAUAACCUAAAACUCCAACUGUUGAGAGAAGGGAUCAAAGCUAAAGAACAUGGAGAUAGUUUGGCUUCUGAUGCAAUUAUGGGAGACUUGGACACGAAGCAACCUCCAAUUACUUCCUCUGCUACUGAAUCUGACAAGAAGGAAGACGAGACAAUAGUUUCUGUAAAAAGAGCUGCGAGUAAAAGGGUACUUGUAAACAAGGCACCACCUGUCUUAACCAUUCAUCUCAAGAGAUUCAGCCAAAAUGCUCGAGGCAGGCUAAGCAAGUUAAGCGGUCAUGUUGACUUCAAAGAGUUCAUUGAUCUUGGCCAAUAUAUGGACUCCAGGUUGACCGAAGAAGACAAGCCGCUUUACAGGUUAUCCGGGGUAGUGGUGCAUUCAGGGAUAAUGGGAACAGGUCAUUAUGUUGCUUACGUUAGAGGAGGCCACAAGGACUCAUCCGUAUGGUAUCACGCAAGCGAUUCUUAUGUUCGACGUGUUUCUUUUGAAGAAGUUCUCUCUUCUGAGGCCUAUCUCUUAUUCUACCGACGGAUCUGA